AUGAGAGGAGAUCAACACCAGAGAGUGCAACGUGACUCCAUGCUAGCAAUGAGAAGAGAUCAACACCAGAGAGUGCAACGUGUCUCCAUGCUAGCAAUGAGAAGAGAUCAACACCAGAGGGUGCAACGUGACUCCAUGCUAGCAACGAGAAGAGAUCAACACCAGAUAAUGCAACGUGACUCCAUGCUAGCAAUGAGAAGAGAUCAACACCAGAGAGUGCAACGUGUCUCCAUGCUAGCAAUGAGAAGAGAUCAACACCAGAGAGGGCAACGUGACUCCAUGCUAGCAACGAGAAGAGAUCAACACCAGAUAAUGCAACGUGACUCCAUGCUAGCAAUGAGAAGUGAUCAACACCAGAGAGGGCAACGUGACUCCAUGCUAGCAAUGAGAAGAGAUCAACACCAGAGAGUGCAACGUGACUCCAUGCUAGCAAUGAGAAGAGAUCAACAGCAGAGAGUGCAACGUGACUCCAUGCUAGCAAUGAGAAGAGAUCAACACCAGAUAAUGCAACGUGACUCCAUGUAA